AUGGACUUUGAUAAUUUCGAGGACGCCAUGACAGAAUUCCAGAAGAAGUUCAAGGACAAGUCCGGCCUUGCAUGGGACGAUCGCGACCAGGAGCCAAAGAAAGGCAAGUAUGCCUGGUUGCAGAUGGACUAUACUGGAGGAGACGACGAGACUGGAGAGGAUGUGAAGAAAGAAGUGGACGACGAGGACUCGAAAGACCAAGUCGAAAGCAAGCUUCCCAGGCAGACUCAACGCUUGAUGGAGCUCAUUUUCAACGAGAACCAUUUUAACAGUGUCUUGGAGAACAUCGGAUACAACCAGGAAAAGCUUCCGCUCGGGAAACUUGGCAAGAGCACUAUUCAGCGUGGUUUCGAGCAGUUGCACGAGCUGUCCAGUCUGAUUCGCCACCCUUCCUUGGCACAAAACAAGUUCGGGACUUCGCAACAGGAAGCGCUCGAAGACUAUACGAAUCGCUACUACAGCACUAUACCUCACGUCUUCGGCCGUAACAGACCACCAAUCAUCGACAACAACGAUAUCCUCACUCGCGAAGUCGCUAUGCUUGACACUCUCACGGACAUGGAGGUGGCCAACAGCAUAAUGAAAUCCGACAGUCGCCACAAAGACGCAGACUCCGUCGCUAAGAUCGAUCAGCGUUUCGGGCAACUGAAGCUCUCGGAGUGCGAACCACUGGAACAGAAGUCCGCAGAGUACCAAUCCCUCAAGAAUUACCUCAUCAACACUGCCGGCAAAACCCAUAAUAUCCGAUAUAGACUGCAAGACAUCUUCCGUAUUCAACGCGAGGGCGAGAGCGAAAGGUUUGAGAAGUCAAAGUACUCGAGUAUCAAGGACAAGAAUCGACGGCUGCUCUGGCACGGCUCUCGUACGACCAACUAUGGUGGUAUCCUCAGCCAGGGCCUCCGAAUCGCUCCACCAGAAGCACCAGUCAAUGGCUACGCCUUCGGCAAAGGCGUCUACCUAGCCGACAUCUCCACCAAAAGCGCCAACUACUGCGUCUCCAGCAGCAGCGGCAACACCGGCCUACUUCUACUCUGCGAAGCCGAGCUCGGAAACCCUAUGUACGAGCUCUUGUCCGGCCAAAGCAGUGCACAAGAGGACUCGGCGAAGGCCGGUUCUAUCGCUACAUAUGGUAUCGGUCGCACGACGCCGCAGGGGUGGGUCGAUGCGGGAGAUGUUAUAAGUGAGGAGUUGAGAGGUACCAUGGUGCCGGAUCCGGAGAAGGAGCCUGGCGAUCAGACGAAUCAUCCGAAUGCUUAUUUGCAGUAUAAUGAGUAUAUCUGCUAUGAUGUGGCGCAGAUAAGGCUGAGAUAUUUGAUCAGGUUUCAGCUGUAA